UAUAUAGCUGUUGGACAUUGUAGUUUCACACAGUUAAACCAAGUUGUCAAGUUCACUAAAUCUUUAUUUUUAUUGAACAGGAAGUCGUAUACACUCAAGGUGAGGUUACAAUGGUCAUGUUGAAGGUCUCUUCCUUCCUUGUCGUUUAUGCCAUAGUUGUGUGCCAGAUGUACAGCUCACAUGCUGCCCCAGCAAGACCUGCUACAGAAUCUCUGACAGACAGACUCGCGCUCAUGGACUAUGAAGCGCGCAGAUUAUUGAGCGCUAUAGUCAAAAAUGUUGUUCAGACGACAGUAGAGGACCUGGAGCCAAGCAAUGAUGAAAACAGCCAGGGCAGAUUCCUGUCCAAGCGUUGCUCCAAUCUCAGCACCUGCGUGCUAGGCAAACUCUCCCAGGAGCUGCACAAAUUACAAACGUUCCCGCAGACGGACGUGGGAGCCGGUACACCCGGCAAGAAACGCAGCCUGCUUGAGGGCAAUCAGUUUACCAGCUAUGAAGAAACAUUUAACAGCAUUUAACUUUAAUGCUUUUAUGCCUCACCCCCUGUAUUAUACUUUACCAACUUGUUGCAUGUGUAUUCUGCCUGCUUGAUUGAUCACACACAAAUGCCUGGUUGCAUUGAUCUUUUCUUCCUUUCUAUCAGCAGAGACAGGCAUGAUUAAAAACAAUCUUAAAUUCUUCUAUAUAUACAGUACCUCAUUAUUAUAAAUGGCAAAUUCAAGGGUAAAAGUUUAUGCGUUUAUACAUCUGGAAUAACUGAAUAUAUGUAUGAUAAAAGUAACACUUACAGAUAAUAAUCACAAUCAUUGUUUGUUUCAUGUGCUCUUUCAGUUCAAUAAAUUUAUUUUUAUAUCAGAAACUCUCUGAUAUAUAUAUAUCUUUUAUUUCAAAAUCAAUUACAUUUAUUGGAUAUUAAUUAAAAUGGGUAUACUUGUGUGUUAUUAAUGACUCAUCAAAACAUCAAGAAUUCUGCAGGUAAGACCUCUUCAUAAGAUAACAUAUGUGAACGUAAUGGUUUUUACGUUUAAUUAUAAGGUGGUAUUUUAAUGUUACAAAUAUCUUUACUUCAUAAUAUAUUUUUGUUGUUUUAUACAGAUAUUUGUUUUUUACACAGUAUUUUAAAUAAAGUAACAAAAUGAUGACUGAAGCAAAAUCAAACAUUAUCAGGGUACUGUUAGCUCUCCUACAGAUGUUUUUCUUUGU